AGGUUAUCUUAUAUCUUAAGUUGUUUGUCAAAAUUUUGUGCUUUUAAUUUCUUCCUCUUACGUUUUAAAUCUAAUGUUCUAAACUCAUCACAUAGGAAUGGCUUUGAACGCAGCAUGCAGGAGCUCUGUUCUCAAAUGGAUCUCCACGCCAAAGUUGAACUGGAAAGCAGGUGCGCCUUUAGCUAGCACUGUUGGAAAGCAAUCAGAGCGGGGAUACGCAGUAGACCCUACGAAAACCCUCGAAAAAACUUCAUUACUUCACGCUGAGGAGAAAGAGGUGGUUGUUACCGUCAAAGAAAUUGAGGAUCUAUCACCUACAACUGGUGUCCCCGAAGAACAUGUGAAGACAAGGCUUGUAAAGAUUUAUAGUCCCUCCAAGAACCCCAUGCAAUCCGGCACACACAACACCGGUCACUGGCAAAUGGAAUUUGAUACCAGAGAACGAUGGGAAAAUCCCCUCAUGGGAUGGUGCUCCACUGGAGAUCCAUUAUCAAACAUGAGUUUGAAAUUCGCUGACAAAGAAGAUGCCAUAUUCUUUUGUGAGAAAAACGGAUGGCGCUGGUAUAUCGAAGCCCCGAAAACGAAGGCACCAAAAGUGAAAUCUUAUGCACACAACUUCGCUUGGAACAAACGAACCCGCACCUCAACGAAGUAAAUUUGAAGAGGUAUCGUUGAAAAUUUCGUCUGUAAAUAGAAAUGUCGUGAAAAAUCUUUUGUUGUUAUAGUGAGAAACUUUUGAAGAAUGAACAUUCUCAAAAAAUUUCUGUUUUCAUGGAGCUUUACCGACUUGAUAAUUCAUAAGUAAAUAUUACUUGAACUCAAUAGUAAUAAUAAAUUAUGAAUUCAUAAUGAUAAGCCAUUGAAUAUUAUUAGCUCACACUAUAUCGCAUUGAUUGUUGUUGCACCUUGUUAUUUUAUUCAAUAAUAUAAUCCUACGCCUAGAUUGUUAUUUAAGUCUAUUUAUUUGAAAAUCAUAUGUAUGAAAGCUCACUCAAAGGUUCCAAGAUUCCUUUGAGAUAAUUCAUCAGAAGAAGAAAAAAAAUAUUGUAUGGAUACAGUAGUUGCAAUUACGCUGGAGGCCUGACAGUUGGUGGCAGCAUCGAAGUCUCCCAAGGUUAAAAUAUUGAUGGCUGAACUCUGAAAAAAUUCCUCGGAGAGGCCUUUAAAACUCUAUUUCUAUUUCAUUUUUUGAAUAAUAAAAACACAUCUUUGAUGCUUAAAUUGUUCCCAUAAUACAUUUUACAUAGAAAUAAAAAAUGAAGGAUGUUUCCAAGAUCAAGCUCAAAUUAUUUUUUCUUUUCCAAAGGAGAAAUUAUGACAGAAAAGAAUCAUUGUCGUAGAAAACGAUACAUGUCAGUUAGUCUUUUAAAAUGACACGUGCAUACUACUGCAUUGAACUGUAGCACAGUACCGAAACUUAUUAAAGCUUUCAAGCGUCUAAAUUAACUUUCAGCGCUUAUGAUCAAGACAGCAGAAUUUUAAGAUCCAGGAGGUGUUAUAACAGCUCUGAAGGACUCAUAAGGCACUUCGAUUAUUUUUCCAGAACCAAGAAGGAAAAACCUGAAAAAAACUUAGAACAAAUGAAGGAAAGUUAGCUUAGUCUGAUUUCCCAAUCGCAAGGGAACAUAUUUGUCUAAAAAUUCUGAUUCCCUACUUUUUAGCAUAGAAUUCACCCUCUGAUUGGGACAUGAAAAGCUGUCCCACAGUCAGUUCAGCCAGUGAAUGGUUCAAUGUCUUACUCAAUUUGACCUCUGUUUCAUCAAUAAAGUUUCUCAGUUUCUCGCAAUUCAAUUGUCAGUAGCGCUGUUUUUGAAGAGUAAUAUUUACACUCAUGUGCCAAUUCUUGAUGAAUAAAGAGCUUCUCAAAAUU